AAAAAAAUCAACAAAAUAUCAAUCAUUUUGCGAUCAAAUAACCAAUGUUAUCGAACGUGCUAUCGAUCCUUUGUCCAUCUCUAAUAACACAGAAAACAUUUUACUCACAUCGACAACGGUUGUGCGAUCGCUCGAGCCAUGAAGAAGAAAACCGAAUAAAGUUGAAAUUCAAAAAAAAAAAUAAUAUACAAACAAAAAAAUAUUCCAGAAAUGUGCAAUUAUUUUUAAGUGCAAGUUAUUUAUGUAUGCAAAAUACUUUGUUUAAUUGUGAAUAUAUAAUUAUAUAUAUAGAAAUGCAUAUUUACUUAUAAGUGUAUAUACAUAUGUGCAGAAGUUGAAACAAAGAACUGAACAACCUGUUGUUAUUGUUAUUGUUGUGUUUGCUGCGGUCAUGAUUUUCCAACAACAAUUAACUAAUACGCAUAGUUGUUGCUGCAUUAGUGACAAGUGCUAAUUUUGGCAUGGAGCAGGCAGCCGGCAUACAGGCACGACCCGUGCCGGCGCCACGUCGUCUCUACCCGGAGUUGCGACCUUCCAACUAUGAGAAUAUCGAAUUAAGAAGCCAAAACAACAAUAAUAACAACAACAACAACAUAAAGAUUAAUACCAAUUUGAAUAAGAAAUUAAAUAUUGAUGCAGAAAAUUUACACGACAAUUGCCAAGAUAAACAAUUGGCCACAAGUAGUCAAAAUAAAUUACUCCUAAAAUCCCAACAACAAAAUGGCGAUGAGCAAUUAUUACAACCGAUCUAUAGUCCAGAUGCCAAUGAGAAUGUUGAUAAUGGAAUUGGAAUGCAACCAAUCUAUGCCACACCAAAACCAGCGCCACGUCAACGAACUGCAGGACAAGAUGGGAAUGUGGAUGCAGCAGGAGCCAGUGCAAUGAGAACUCCAAUGCGAACAGCUCCUUUGGUGCCCCCAAAAACGUUAAACGUACAAUUGGAAUCGAGGAGAGCGCGUGAACAACGUUAUUCCAUAUCCAGUGAGUUUUCCACGACAAGUGCCAACACUGCAGCACACGUAGGCGAUGAUCAGGAUGUGGAUGUGGAUGGUGGGGAGGAUGAGGAUGGGGUUCAGUCGCGUUACACUUCGAACGGUUCACUCAAUUGCAGUGAGAGCUCGCAGAAGAGUGGCAAAUAUAAAUCACCAUCACCCGGGUACGUACUAGAUAUGGAUGAGCAUGAUCAACAACAAUUGGAUAUAGAUGAUCAUGAAGAUCAAGAUCACGAAUCUGACUCUGAAUCAGUGGAUGGAGCGCAAUCCUCCACUGAACAGUCCUCUGAACAGUCUGCGGAGCAUUCAUCCAACAAUGACAACAAUCUAUUGCGCUCCCUGGGAACCACAUCGAAACUGUUGGGCGAAGCCAUAGGCGAACGUCUGACUGUGAAAGCGAAGGGGGCCAGGAAGCGCUUAGACAGGAAUCUGAAGAGCUCAACGGAGGCGCUUAGUAAUCUCAGUACGGAUGCCGGAGUCCGGUUGAAGCAUGCCGGCAAACGAUUUGGUUCGAAUUUCACAUUGGGCAAGGGAUCACGAGAUGGCAAAGAAACAGACGCAGAUGUGUCGGAGAGGUCACUGGAAUUGGAUAUAGAGCGACGUCAGACAAUGCCGAAUACGGAUGUCUUCAAUACGAUUCAGUUCUCUAGUCCGUUGAAUCGUAAUGCAGCUUUGACCGAUCUCAGCGAGACCAAGGAGCAGCAGGCAGCUGAAGAUAGUGGCGCCUAUGAGGUACCAAAGUCCUUGGGCAGCGGACAACCGCCCAGCUACGAUGAAGCUUUGAAGGUACGACCGUCGCCACCACGUUCUGCACCGAUGGUCCGCAAUCUGGCACAGGAGGCCGCUCAAGUCGUCCAAUUGCGUAAUAAGGGCCAGCCACGUGCCCUGGUUGAUUCUGUGAGCGGUUCAUCUUCCUGCAAUGGCGAUGAGUCACCUGGACUGCCCAUGCCCACAUUCCCGGCGCCUAGAUUGUCGCAGCAACCGGAACAUAUACGUUUGCAGGCUGCUGCAGUGCAGCCGCCGGCCCGUCAGAAACGUCGUAAGAACUACGAGCACAUACAACUGAGGCGACCACAGGUGGCCACUUCGGCGGAGCUGCAAGAACUGAAUCGGGCUGCAGAGCUGGCCGAACGGGAAGAGUCGCUGCUAAUUAAGGCAAACAUAAAGGCCGAAGAGGCUCGCGCUCCCAAACCCGAGCGUAGUGACUCAUGGGAGUUCUAUGGCGAGGAUGGUAACGAGUCUGGUGGUGAGGAGGGUGAAUCCUCCUCACCGGAACCCGUCUAUGUCAAUCAGGAGGCCACCUACGGCAAACUUUUUGAAAUGGCCACAGUGGCGCCUGGGAAUAUGUUAAUCCCCCAGCCAGAGUUGAGCUGCAUAAACGAAGAUGGGGAAUUGGAUAGCAAUGAUGGAGCUGUUGGCGGUUGGGCGGGAGCGCCACCACAAGAUCUGAUUGAAGAGUUUGAUCCCCUGAUGAGCAAAUCCUCCACUCUGGCUCGUUCCAACAAGAGCAAUGAGCUACUUCUGCUCGAACAUCUGCUCGAGGAGGAUACCUAUGGAUCAUUGAAGCGAGAGCAAGAUGAUGUUAGCAUGUGCACUUCCGAGGAGGAACCCACUAGCUCCGUUUGCAUAUCUUCUUCACAGAAUAUUCCCCAAAUAGUCCAUCAAAAUGCCCAUCUAUUGAGUGACAGUAUGGAGGAGUUGGAUGAAGAUGAACAGCUGGAGCAGCGAGCUAAGCCAUUCCUCAGUCGACUGGAGGAUAAAUCAGCAGCUGGGGGAACAACUGUCGUUGACCUAUCGGCGCCCUCACGACAUCGCACCAAUUGGUUUGUAGGCGAAACAUCCACCGCUACCGGACCAUCCACAUCUACGGCUACAGCCACAAAGACACAAAUCGAGGGUGAUAGUCCGCCCACUUAUCUAGAAGCCAUUGGUGGCAAUUCUCCCACGUCCGGCUCAGGAGCAGGAGCAGCAGCCGGAGGUCAGUCACCAUCAGCAUCAUCAAACGAAAAUCGGUUUACACUCAGCUCGCGAAUCCGUCAGACAAUGAAUGCCAUUUCGAAUGUGAAAUUCCGCAUGGAUGCCAUGAAGCGGAGAACCAGCUUUAAGGCAGGCGCCCAGCGGCAAUCGGAUGUGAAGGUGGCCCUACAAAUGGUUCCACGGCCCAGUCUAUCGCCUCUGCUGGUCCGCUAUGAGGGUCCCCUGGUGCGUUUUCCGUCCGGCGUUGUCGAAGACAUACUCAAAGAGAUGCAGAAUCGCAAGGCAAUUCUUAGAGAGCGACAAUUUCAGACUUAUCUCGAUCAAGAGAUGAAAACGGCAAGAGAAACCAUACCCUUGGACACCAUCACUACGGUCCAAUGUGUUAGCAACAGCCGCGUCACGGAUAGUGCAACGCAUUUCUAUUGCUUUGAGAUUACCACAUCGCAGCCAAAGAAUGGCAGUGGCAGCGAUAAUAUGUCCUCCAAUCCGAAUUUGGUCAUGACCAGCAAUGCGUCGGGCAAUGUGAAGCAACAGCGGGUGGCUCAUCUCUAUGGUGUCGGCAAGGAAUCCGAACGAGGCGUCUGGAUGCAAAAGAUACUUGAGAGUCUGACCAAUAGUUUGCCCGUGAAAUAUACUUGUCAUUAUUAUAGAGCUGGCUGGUGUUAUCUAAAGAAUUCCAUUACAUCUGAAUGGAGCGGCACUUGGUUGGUAUUGCGCAAGAGUCAGCGUCGUUUAAUCUUUGUCAGCGAGUCGAAUGGAAAUGUUGAGAAAAUGGACUUGAGAAAGGCGCGUUGCAUAGUGCUUAAGGAGAGCGAUGAAUCCAUUGAUAAUCUUCAUGUGGAAAGCGGACCAAUGCUUAUGAUAGACUGUCCACCCUAUUCAGUUUAUAUGAUCAUGAGUUCGGCACGCGAGACGAAAAUCUGGCGCCAUAUUAUUCGAGAGGUGGCCCAUAAUAAUAGCUUCUCACUGGCCGAUCAACAAUUGACACGUUACGAUGUCCCGGUUAUUGUGGAUAAGUGUAUUAACUUUGUCUAUAUUCAUGGUUCCAUGUCUGAGGGUAUUUAUCGCAAGUCUGGAUCAGAAAAUUCCAUGCACAAAUUGAUGAGCGCCUUUCGAGCGGAUGCCUUUAAUGUGGAGAUCACACGAAAUGAGUACAACGAGCACGAUGUGGCCAAUGUGCUGAAACGUUUCAUGCGGGAUUUGCCAGAGCGCUUGCUGGGCAAGCUAACCGAUAGUUUUGUCUUUGUUACCGAAUUGGCUGUGGCCACCGAGAAGAUACCCAUCUACAAAGAACUUUUGGCACGUCUCUCGACCAUUGAGCACGAGACAUUGCGUCGGAUUGUGGGUCAUUUGGUAUUCAUUAGCUCUCAGCAGGCUAAGAACAAGAUGAGUGUACAAAAUUUGACCAUGAUAUGGGGACCAACAUUGCUAGCUAAAAAGACCGAUGAGCUCAUCUAUUCACAAAAGGAGGCCGAUGUGCUUAGUGAUCUGAUAUCCCUUUACAAGAAUCUAUUUCCCUGCAGUGCCGAUGAAAUUAAACGUGAGCAGGCCAUGCUGGCAUGUCUGCAAAAGUAUUAUGCCGCAGCAGAGACUCUUAAAGAUGCUGUAAAGCAAUCAGGAGAUAUUAAAAUCUGGAUUAGUCUCAAUCCGAAUCCCGAUAAUACCACAGAGGAAAAGACGCAAGUGAAUGCAACAAUUUCACCCACCAAAACUGCCUACGAACUGUGCCGUGAAUAUUCUAGUAAAAUGGCACUGCCCACUCAUCAGCUAACGCUCUAUGAGGUCAUAUUGAAUGAUAGCCUGGAGCGACCUUUACAUCAUGAUGCCAAAGUGUUUGAUGUUAUACUUAAUUGGUCGUACUGGCCAGAAGAGGAUCGCAAGCAUAACUAUCUAAUGGUUCGACCCAUUGAAAUGUUGCGUGAAGUGCAACGUGCUGUAAAAAAUUUGGCUACAGUCACACCGGGCAAGGAGCUACGCUUUGCCGACUAUCGAACAAAGGCCUUUAAAACAUUCCAAUGCGAAUUGCGUGAUGGCAAAAUUGUUGUGUCCAAGAAGGAUAAGAACGAUAAAACCACCAUAGUCCGUGAGAUCUUCUUGCAUAGUUCAACGGCGUAUUUGGGUUGUGAACGAAAGCGCGAUUUCCCUUGGAGUUGGGCCAUUACGUUUGUGGAGCGCACUCAAUCGCAGAUAAUGAGAUCACGCGAUGCUCCAUUUAUUGGUCAUGUUCUGGCGGGCAGUGAAUGGGUAGAUCGCACCAUUUGGUAUUCCAGCAUUUGGUAUUGUCUUCACGGUGAUAAUAUUUUGCCGCCAGCUGAGAUAAUUAUCAAGUGAUAAAGCAAUCCCUUGGUUUUCUCUCCAUUUCUCUUUUUUUGUGUUUUUUUUUUUUUUUGUUUUUUUACAUACCUAUUGUUAGCUGUAGAUAUAUUUGGAAUUUAAUAUGCAAUAUUUUAAUAGAAUUACGUUUCAUACAUUUAUUUAUGUACAAAGGCCAAUGAUCAGCUUUUUAUUUCAUUCGUUUUAUUGUAUUUUUAAUUAUUUUAUAUUUUGAAUAGAUUUAUUAUUAUACUUAUAUUAGCUUAACAAGCUUUUGCACAUAACUAAACAAGCUAUGCCAUUUGUCUUCAAUACUGCUGGAUCAUAUUCAAACUCAAACGCAUAUUUUUUUGGGAUAAAUGUUCCUGGGCAGCCAGCUAUUAGUUGGACAGAAAGUCUUAAAACGAAUUCAUAAAUGAAUACACAAAUUUUUUUUUUUUUUUUUUGAUUAAAUUGUAGGCAAACUUAUUUUUAAAUAUCCAAUUAAUUGUCUUAAAGGGAACGCAUUUAUUGUACAU